CCACGAAGUUUACAAAGUAGGAGCUGGGUAACCGGCAGACGUUUUCCCGCACGUGAUUCCAAAACAGACGUUGGUAUUUGGCAAAAAAAAAACAUUAAAAAUUAAAUAACUCGUUCGUCAUCUACGAUAGAUGAAGACUAUCUUUGUUUAACGUAACGCCAUGGUGAAUUAGCUUUAAACUGUUUGUGCUGUUUCAUAAUUUGUAAAGGGAAAUCUAGAGCCUUCUUAUCUCAUGAGGGUCUGUUGCAUGGCUGCUAUUUUCCACCAACAUGUUUAAUUGAAACCAAAGCAUUUGUAGUUACGAGUUAUCUUGUCUCUUAAAGUCAUGUUUGCAUCAUUGUUCUAUUCUGUAGAAAAUAAUUUUCAAUGUUAAACCAAGUGGCUGAGUCUAAUGAGACUGAAGUGUAUCUUGUUGUUUAUGUUCCUUGUUUUUGUUCUGUGCCAUUUUACUAUACAAGUACUGAAUUUUGCAUACAGUACCAGGCUAACAAUAACAUGGAGAUCAUUUGCCAUUGGGUUACCAUAUUUCACAGUAACUGGACUAUCUCUUUCCAAACUACAAAAGAUUGGCUCCGUUUCCUCCACGUCCGGAUGAUUACGUGAUGACUCCAUGUACCGAAAAUGAUUGGUGACCACCUUCCAUUUUCUCCAGCAGAAACUAUGCAUAAGUAAAAAGGAAAUUUACAGCACGCUAGUAGCGAUCGAACCCUUUGGUGACGCAGGUGUUUCGAAUAUCGCUCGUAAUGUAACAUCUCCUAGAAAACUAUUAUCAACUCAAUUGCACAGCAAUGGAAAUGUUCCGCCUUCCGGUCCGUCGACUGUCAUUUUUUUCUCUCCUUGUCGGGGCAAUAUUUGGCUGCUUUCUCAAUUCACUCGUACAGGAAUCUGUCCAACAGCUGUUUUUAAAUGACCAUCUGGUCCCUGUAAGCGGAGUCGAUCAAGAACCUGAGUCAUCAGUUCAACAGGGAACAGAGACGUCUGAAAAAGAUGUUACUGUCCGCGCAAGGGAGGAAGAAGACGUCAAAGGAAACAAUGAAAAGGGUCUCUACGAUAAAGUACGUGUGUUAUGCUGGGUCAUGACUUCACCGGCAAACCACGAAACAAAAGCAUUGGCCGUGAAAGAGACGUGGGGUAAACGUUGCAAUGUCCUACUGUUUAUGAGUACAGAGGCUGAUACGAAUCUACCUGCUGUUCAACUGGACUUAGAAGAAGGCCGGAACAGGUUAUGGGGCAAAACACGCGAAGCCUUCCGCUAUGCCUGGGAUCGUUUUCAAGACGAAGUUGAUUGGUUUUUCAAGGCUGACGAUGACACGUAUGUCGUUGUUGAGAACCUACGUUAUUUUCUCUCGGCUUUCAAAACGUCAGAGCCUUUCUGGUUUGGCCACAAGUAUAAGACCAAUGUAACGGCAGGGUUUUUCAGUGGAGACGCAGGUUAUGCUUUGAGUAAAGAAGCUACGAAGAGAUUCGUCAAAGAUGGUUAUUUCAAUCCACUUCUUUGUCGGAAAGAUCCUGAAGGAGCGGAAGAUGUCGAAUUGGGAAAAUGUAUGGAGAACUUAAACGUGUCCGCCAUGGACACACGGGAUUCGAAAGGAAGAGGAAGAUUCUUUCCUUUUCAGCCUGAUCGGUUCUACUUCUCCCGCAAGAUUACCGAUUACUGGUACUGGAAAUUUAUCUAUUACCCUCCAAUAAUGGGAUCUGACUGCUGUUCAGAUAGCACCAUAUCAUUUCAUUACAUCGACCCUAAACUGAUGCGAUUACUGGAUUUCUUCUUUUAUCAAAUUCGCCCCUUUGGAAUCGUUGACCAACGCCCAGCCACGCCCGAACCGCCUCCUGUAAUAAAUCUUACUGCAACUCCUUGGUUCGCACCCAAUGACACCUUGAUCAUUGCUGGGAUUCCAAUGCCGAGGCAAACUACAACUGAAGGGACUAUUGGCUUUGCUGAGGACGCACAGCAGACAAUCAAGCAAUCAUCUGAUUAUUCCCGAUAUCAAAUUAAUUCUUCUGGAAUGGUCGAUCAACGACCCAUUAUGUUCAAGGUAGAAGAGCCAAUUCGUACUUUGUUAACCACGAGAAGGACGAAUAUGGAACCAUCGUUCAUUACUAAGGCCAUUGUGGAUCAAGUGACGAUGAAGGCAAGAACUAAACGCUUCGAUCCCGACGAAGAUAGUGCCGUCUUGGAAGUGAAAAUAAGGACGACUUGCUUUCUCGACGUCGAAAUUUUCCACGAAUUAUUACAACCAGGACUAGACAGCCUACAGAGGCAGCAAAGGUAAAAUUUGCCCCUAUAGAAACGAUUAACAGUCCUGUAAUUGUAGAAAAACAAGAGAGAUCUGUCGACAAUCCUAUUAAAAAAGCUUUUCGAAAGAAAUUUUUUGACUUUCAAGAAUUAUAUUUAAAAGAGAAAAAUAAGCUUGUAGAAUUUUGAGAUGCCUCUUUUUCGUCCUACAAUUGCUUUAAUAUUUUGCCAAAACGUUCCCAUCCCAGUGCGUUGUUAUCUUAAA